GCGAGCUCUUCUGAUUGCCCUCCAAACCACGACUUCAGCCUCGUCACUCAAACUAUUGGUUGAGAAACCAAAACAAAUUAGUUGUACUAUUCCAUUUUUUCAACUCAAAUAUGGGGAUGACACACGACGGCGGCCCCCGCCCGAAGCUCUUCCCCGCGGCUGCGAAGCCCUGCGGCUACUGCAAGUCCGCCGCGGCGCUCCUCUUCUGCCGCGUGGAGUCCGCCUUCAUGUGCAUCCCCUGCGACUCCAAGGCGCACAAUGCCUCGAAUGCGAAGCACGAGCGCGUCUGGAUGUGCGAGGUGUGCGAGCACGCGCCCGCGGUCGUCACGUGCAAGGCCGACGCGGCCGCCCUCUGCGUCACGUGCGACCGCGACAUCCACUCCGCCAACCCCCUCGCCAGCCGCCACGACCGCGUCCCCGUCGUGCCCUUCUACGAUACCGCCGAGUACGCCGCCAUCAAGUCCGACGCCGGCUUGUUCGCAGACGGCGGCUACUCAUGGAUCCCGACCAGCCCCAUCGCCGCCCCUAAAGACGCGCCGCCUGAUUUGAAAGCCAUGGAAUUGUUCUUCCAGGAUUCCGACCAGUUCAUCGACUUCGAUAGCUACCAGAUUUCGUCGCAGCCUUACAGCGACAGCGUCGUCCCGGUCCAGACCCCGGUCAAACCGCCCCUUCCGGAAAACCGGUUCGAGAUCGAUUUCACUAGGUCCAAUAUCAACUCCUACAACAACAACACGAUAUUCACAACUCCAUCCCUCAGCCACAGUGUCUCAUCCUCGUCGAUGGACGUGGGGGUGGUGCCGGACGGUAGCUCCCUGUCAGAAAUAUCGUAUCCUUUCGGUCGAACCACCAUUGGUCUGACUGGGAACCAGAUGGACCGGGAAGCGAGGGUGUUAAGGUACAAGGAGAAGAGAAAGAACCGGAAAUUCGAGAAGACAAUUCGCUACGCUUCUCGGAAGGCGUACGCAGAGACGCGGCCGAGGAUCAAAGGCCGGUUCGCAAAGAGAACUGACUCGGAAUCCGAUAUCGACCGAAUAUUUGGCGCCGGCGCAGCUAAUUUCAUCGCCGAUGCGAGAUUCGGCGUAGUCCCCUCGUUCUGACGAGAGAGAUUGAAUUAUAUAUAUAUAAUUACUGCUUUAUCUCUCUAAUUUUCAGCAUAAUUAGAUUUCUUUGUGAAAGAAGGAUAGUAUUAGUAAACUCUACAUGUUUUUAAUCUUAUUUCAUCUUUCUAUAAAAUUUGAAGCAAAUUGGUAUGAUUGUAAAUCCGAAAAGCUCUACUACUUUUUGUCGAAGGGCUUUCCGGUGAGUUGCUAUGUCAAUUUCUCUUUCUUUUA